AUGUCCGAGUCCAUCGACGUCGAGCGGCGCUACGACUACCACGCCGCCCGCGGCCACCGCCACGCCACCCGCAUCCACAAGUACCGCUGGCCCGCCGUGCAGCUCAACUUCUGGAUCGUCAUCAUGCUCGCCGCCGCCUGCACCUGGAUCGGCAUCUUUGCCACGCUCGUCCAGACCCAGCAGCGCCUUGUCCUGCACGUCCCCUGGUACUUUGCCUACAUUUUGACCGUCGCGUCCCUGGGCGUGACCUUUGUCCUCGCCGUCCUGGGCCUCAUCUUCCAGCGCCGCCUCCUGCCGUCCAUUGUCAUGAUUGGCGCCUUCAUGAUGUUUGUGCUCUGGGUGGUCGCGCUGGUCGUGCUGUCGAUUGAGCUGUUUGGCGACAGCGGCGCCGGCGUGGCGACCAACUGCAACCUCAGCGUGUUCAACCAAAACCCCAUUGGCCUGUCGACCAGCACGCUGGCGUGGAUGCAGCAAAAGAGCAUCUGCCAGUCGUGGCAGGCGGCGUUUGCGUUUGGCCUGGUGGGCGCCAUUUUCUUGUUCUGGAUCAUGGUCAUGGCGUACCAGGUGUUUGCCGAUGAUGUGUAG